AUGGCCGACGAACAAUCAGGCAGCGAGAGUCGAAACGACAGGCCCAAGAAACAAAUCCUACUUAAUGCAUUUGACAUGUCAACAGUAGGGCAUCUGAGUCCCGGACAGUGGAAAAAUCCUAAAGACCGCUCGGCCGAGAAACGAAGUCUAAAAUACUGGACUGAUCUAGCACAGAUCCUCGAACGGGGAAAUAUCAACGCCUUGUUCCUAGCUGAUACAUACGGCGGAUAUGAUACAUACGAGGGGAGUCUGGAUAACUGUAUCCGUCGAGCGGCACAAUGGCCAGUGACAGACCCAACAAUUCCAAUCAGCGCCAUGGCAGCAGUAACAAAGAACCUAGCCUUCGGCAUCACAGCCAGCACGAGUUUCGAGCCGCCCUUCCUCCUCGCAAAGCGCUUUUCCACUCUCGAUCACCUCACAGAUGGCCGUAUCGGCUGGAACAUCGUAACGUCGUGGAAAAAGAGCGCCUUCAAAGCCAUCGGCAUCGAUACACCCAUCGAACACGACCAGCGGUACGCCAGCGCAGAUGAGUAUCUGCGCAUCCUCUAUAAAUUAUGGGAAGGCUCUUGGAGCCCCGAUGCUAUUAUCAAGGAUGUGGAGAACGAUGCGUAUGUUGACCCUGACAAGGUACGGCAGAUAAACCAUCAUGGGAAGUAUUUCAACCUCGAGUCGAGACAUAUUGUCGAUCCCUCGCCUCAGAGAACCCCUUUCUUAUUCCAGGCCGGCACGUCUCCCGCUGGCUCGGCAUUUGCCUCCAAGCACGCUGAAGCCAUAUUCGUCACCGGCCACGCCCCCUCAAUCCUCGCACCCAAAAUCGCUCACAUUCGUGCUCUCGCCAAAGCAGAAGGUCGCGACCCCGCCUCUAUCAAAUUCUUCUGCACCUUCACGCCUAUCAUCGGGCGCACCGACGCGGAAGCGCAAGAAAAGCUCGCGGAAGUCAAGAAAUACGCGUCCACAAUUGGAGGUCUAGUCCUGGUCAGUGGCUGGACGGGAAUCGAUCUCUCGAAGCUGCCGCUGGGGAAAGAAAUCACAAAGGAGGAUUCUCUGGAGGCGCACAAGGUUACUUCGAGUCUGAGCGUAUUUACAACAACAAGUGAGAAAGUGCCGAAAUGGACUCCGGAAGUCGUCGCCGAGGUGGCGUCCAUUGGCGGUCUCGGACCUGUGUCCGUGGGCUCUCCAUCUACGGUCGCGGACGAACUAGAGAGAUUUGUAAAUGAGGCUGAUGUGGAUGGCUUUAACUUGGGCUAUGUGACAACACCUGGAUCAUUUGAGGAUGUGGUGGAUUUGCUGGUUCCGGAACUGAGGAGACGCGGGAUAUAUCCUCAGGCUGAGGCGCAGGAAGACGGACUUACUGCUAGGGAGAAGGUUUAUGGAAAGGGGCAAUCAAAGCUGCGCGAUGAUCACGUGGGAAGCUCGUAUAAGUAUGAAGUAUAUAAGGAAGACGCACCGUAUGUCAGAGAAGACAAAGUUAAGGGGGAGUCAGAUGUUGGAGGGCAGAUCAACGAGGUCCAAUCGGGAGCUUGCAACGAAGAAAUCCUCACUAGUAUUACGCUGCUCUUCUUUAUUUACUCCAUUACUGUAAUCUUCUUUAACAUGUCGAGAACAUCUACCAGCCUCGAAACACGGGUGGAUAACUAUCCACCCAUUGAAUUGGAAUUAAUUGAGUAUCCUCUCCCUACCCGUCACUCAAAGGCUGUUCUAAACAAGGUCGAAGUUCAACAACACAGAGAAGAAAAUGUUUGCCCUGAACGCCCAACGAAUACAUGCGCUCUGUCUAUCUCAAAAUGGAGAGCCAGCGUUAUUAUCGGCACCGUCGCCUGUAUCAAUCUCACCAACUCGAUGCUCGGAGGCAUUCUAGUCAUCAGUCUUCCCAGGAUGGCACGUGACCUACGUCUUUCUCAAGACCUACUCCUCUGGCCCGCGGGUGUGAACUCUCUAGCAUGCGGAUGUAUGCUUCUGCUCUCGGGUUCAAUUGCAGAUGUCGUCGGGGCUCGCAAGGUCUAUCUCGUCGGCGCCUUUCUGUUGACCAUGACCACCAUUGCCUGUGGAGUGUGCAGGACAGGCCUUGAGCUCAUUCUGUUUCGGGCUGCCCAAGGUGUUGCGGUUUCUCUAUGUCUCCCGUCGUCUGUGAUUUUAAUCACUAGUAACAUCCCCACCGGAACUUAUCGAAACACGGCGUUUGCAUGUCUCGGCGCUGGACAGCCAUUUGGAUAUUCGAUUGGAUUGGUUUUGGGUGGUAUCUUCGUCGAAGAAAUUAGCUGGCGAUAUGGGUACUAUAUUGGAGCCGUACUCACUUUCAUCGCCUUUAUCAUUUCUAUAUUUGGGAUUCCAGCCGACGAUACAACCAUCGAGGGACAAUCAUUUGGUGUCGUGCUUCAGAGAAUAAAGACAGAAAUCGAUUUGAUUGGUUGUUUUUUGCUCAGCACUUCCUUGGGGUUGUUCUCCUACGUCCUCUCUGUUCUCGCUGGUGGUACAUCACACUUUCUCGCUCCAACCUCGAUCACUUUAUUCUCUAUCGCGGUUGUGCUCAUCCCCAUCUUCAUCUGGUAUACCCGCCGUCAAGAACGACUCGGUCGCAAAGUCAUCAUCCCACCAUCACUCUGGUCCAACCGGGUUUUCGCGUCACUAUGUGCCACUAUAUUCAUUAUUUGGGGAGUGUUCAGCGCCAAUCAGUACUUUUUGACCCUCUUCUACCAGUCUGUACAGCAACUUUCCGGAAUCCAGACCUCAAUCAGAUUUCUGCCUAUGGUCGUGACUGGUGCGCUGGCCAAUUUCAUCACUGGCUGGUUGGUGAAAAGAGUUCGGGCAGAUAUCCUGGUCCUGGGUUCGGCAGCUAUCACGGCCGUAGCUCCGCUGCUUAUGGCAAUUGUCAACCCAACAGCAUCAUAUUGGACGUAUGCCUUCUUCGCCACAGCAUGCCUGCCAAUCUGUGCCGACGUGCUUUUUACGGUAGCGAAUCUCGUGAUUACUUCUGUCUUUCCUCCACAGACUCACGGUUUGGCUGGUGGGGUAUUCAAUACUAUUUCCAAUAUCGGGGGCGGUGUAGGACUUGCCAUAACCGCUGUCGUUGCUUCGAGUGUGACGAUGGCCGAGAAUGGGAAAGGCGAGAGCGCUACCAAAGUUUUAAUGGAUGGCUACCGAGCCACUUUCUGGCUGUGCUUCGCUGCAAACAUCCUCGUGCUAGGUAUCGUAGGGUUUGGAUUGAGGAAGAUUGGGAAAGUGGGCAUCAAGACCGACUAA